AUGUGCAUUGCAGGAGAUCAUGAUACUCCUUUUAUUUCUCUGUAUCCGUCUUUACUCGAUCGAAAAAAAUCAAACUUUAAUUCUAGUCAUAAUUUGUUUUCAAAUAGUUAUACAGAACAAAAUCCUUUACCCAACAGUGCCUUAUUUCCAAGUAUUUGCUCAUCGUCAUAUAAGUUUACUGCAACCGAACGUUCGGGAAUUCUGAUAAUUCUGUUUUUAUUGUUGGGUGAUAUAUUCUGUGCAACAGCCAGGUUCUCACACGUGUCUGACAAAUCUCAAAUAGUUGCUGGAGACAAAAAUAGUGAACUUGUAUUCAUAAAUUCUCCUGAUUCAUCCCCAGCAUUCAAGCCAACAAGAUUUACUCGACAAACAAACAAACCGUUUGGUAAGGUGAAUAGUCGUAAGACCGAUAUAAAAAUGUACUUGAACAAAGCACGAAGACAUUUGUUACCGGAGGGACAAAUGGAAAUAAAGUUUUUGAGUCCAGAACUUGUUGAAUUUAUUUGCCACCGGCUUCCUGAUCCAUGUGCUCGCGCUGCUUAUCUUCGUCAUCAUGUCAGACACGAAUUGUGCUUUCGUUUGCCUUUAUUGUAUCUUCUUCCAUAUACUGACUCUCGUUUGGAUAAACCAUACAUGUCGGAAUACAAACCUGGAACUUGUAAAAAAGGUCUAUCUCAUCUUACAUAUUUACCUUCGGACAGCAUUUUUGAACAGUUUCUGAAUCCGGUUCAUGUAUGUGAACACAGUCUACUUUCGCUAAAAAAGAUAAUGGAUGAUAAAUUAACUUCACAUUUUGGAGUAUUUGAUGAUCUACUAGAAAAGUCAUUUUGUGUUAAAUCAUUUGAUUCACGUCCCAACGUAACAGGAGAAUGCCAAUGUCAGGAGUGUCAAGAAGCUUAUAGAAGUUGGUUUUGUGCAACAGAAUUCCCAUUGUAUUAUCCACUUGAUGAUUCAGAUUCAAUUAUAUCUUCACAUUCAAAAUCUCCGGCUUCUGGUAUUAUUGAUGUUGAAGUUAAUCAACUUCACGUUCCUGCGAAAAUUUCAAAUCUACCGCCUAGUUCCAAAUUACGUCUCCCUCAAAAGAGUAAUUAUUUUCUAAAUAGCUCGUCAGUGCCACAAUCAUUUGAUCUAUCUGCUGUAGAAUCUAUAUCAGAACGCAGGAAUAUGUAUCGAAAAUCUAAUCCUACAGAAUUCCAGGUAGAUUCUCAAUCACUGUUUCGACUGGAGAUUGUAAAACCCUGUAUUUCAUGGUGUACUCAGGUUGAGACUGUUUGUCCAUAUUUAAACCCCUCUGAUCCUACCUCAAAUGGUGGUGAACCUGCAUUUUUGUGUGAUGAAAGUCAUUAUCAUCACAGUUCAAGAUAUCAAGCUAUUAAUUGGGAUAUGCAUACUUGUGAAUCUGAGUGUUGUUUUGGUAUAUCAGAUUCAAUUCUCCAUUCUAUAUCCAUUCCUGAUAAGAAACUAUAUUCUAUUCAAACUGAUAUUCUCUCAUCAUAUUCAUCUGAUUUUGACAAAUCUAAUAAUACUGUCGCAUGCAAUCAUUUACGUGAUCGUUGUGUUCAUCAAUUUUUGUCUGUGGAUCAUUCAACAUUAAUAACAGAAUUACCUUCUGUUGUUGUCAAUCCAAUGUCAUCAAUAUAUUUCAAUGAUAACAUUGUCAAUCAAUUGAAUAGAAAUAAUUCCACAAAUCUCUAUGAUUAUCAUUCAUCACCUCAUUCAUUAUCUUCUAGUUUGCAUAAAAUAGAUAACAUUUCUUUCAAAAUCAUACUUUUAAUAUCGUUCAGUUUUCAUUUUUUCAUUUGGCUGCAUAAUAUUCAAGUUUUAUUAUUUCAAAAUUUCACUUCGAUUUUUGUCUUAUUGCAUUAUCACUGUACGACAAUGACUAUUACAAAUAAUCCUCCAACAUAUAAUACCAAUAAUAAUAAUAAUAAUAAUAAUCGUAAUAAUACUGAUGAAAAUAUUCAUUAUGUAUCGAAUUCCCCGAGUCAACAACAAUUGAAUCAUUCACCAACUUCUGUAAUAUCACAUUCAUCAUUUUGUUUGUCUUAUUAUUCAAAAUAUGCAACUCAAUGUCGAACAUCUUAG